AUGAGAAUUAUUGUGAAAAGCCAGAAAGGAAUAGAUCAAAUUAUCAACUUUGGUAAAUAUAUUUUUGACAAAAAGGAUGGAUUAAUCGAGAAACUAUCGGGGGAUGUGUAUAAAUAUGGGUUGUUCGGCGUCUGGUAUUAUAAAUCUCAGUUAUGUUACUAA